AUGGAUAUAAACUGGUCUGAGACGCCUGGGACGCCACCCUUCAUCCCUUUUCUUUCUGUCUCGUUUUGUCUGUGCAGGAGACGAAAGAGAGACGAGGACAGGCACGACAUCAACAAGAUGAAGGGCUACACCCUUCUGUCCGAGGGCAUCGAUGAGAUGGUGGGCAUCGUGUACAAGCCCAAAACCAAAGAAACCAGAGAGACGUACGAGGUGCUGCUGAGCUUCAUCCACGCCGCGCUGGGAGAUCAGCCGCGUGACAUUCUGUGCGGAGCGGCUGAUGAAGUGUUGGCCGUGUUGAAGAACGAUAAAAUGAGGGACAAGGAGCGGCGGCGGGAGGUGGAGCAGCUCCUCGGGCCGGCCGAUGACACCCGCUACCACGUACUGGUCAACCUGGGCAAGAAGAUCUCCGACUACGGGGGGGACAAGGACUUACAGAACAUGGAUGACAACAUCGACGAAACGUACGGCGUGAACGUCCAGUUUGAAUCUGAUGAGGAGGAGGGCGAUGAAGACCAGUUCGGAGAAGUCCGAGACGAACACUCGGAUGAAGACAGCGAAGGAGAAGAGGCCGGUGUGGGAUGCGCUCUUUCAGCCAACCUCGGGGCCACAGGCGACGUGAUGACGGUGAAGAAGAAGGAUCUUCAUCCCCGAGACAUCGACGCCUUCUGGCUGCAGCGUCAGCUCAGCCGUUUCUAUGACGACGCCAUCGUCUCCCAGAAGAAAGCCGACGAAGUCCUGGAAAUCCUCAAGGUACGUCCGACGCCUCGGCCGCGUUCGCUUGGCGCGUUUAACUCGAUGGCCCCCAGACAGCUACUAGACCUGGACGACCUGGCCUUCACCCAAGGGAGCCAUUUCAUGGCUAACAAGCGUUGCCAGCUGCCGGACGGCUCAUUCCGCAAACAGCGCAAAGGUUACGAAGAAGUCCACGUGCCCGCCCUCAAACCCAAGCCCUUCGCUGACGAUGAGGUGCUCGUCUCCAUCGACAAGCUGCCCAAAUAUGCGCAGGCUGGAUUUGAAGGGUUCAAAACCCUGAACCGCAUCCAGAGCAAGCUGUACAAGACGACCCUGGAGACCGACGAGAACCUGCUCGUGUGUGCGCCCACGGGAGCCGGUAAGACCAACGUGGCUCUGAUGGCGAUGCUGAGAGAGAUCGGGAAGCACAUCAACCUGGACGGCACCAUCAACGUGGACGACUUCAAAAUCAUCUACAUCGCCCCGAUGCGUUCACUGGUGCAGGAGAUGGUGGGAAGUUUCAGCAAGCGCUUGGCCAGUUACGGCAUCACGGUCUCUGAGCUGACGGGGGACCACCAGCUCUGUAAAGAGGAGAUCAACGCGACUCAAAUCAUCGUCUGCACCCCCGAGAAAUGGGACAUCAUCACCCGGAAAGGGGGGGAGCGAACCUACACCCAGCUGGUCCGGCUCAUCAUCAUCGAUGAAAUCCACCUCCUGCACGACGACCGAGGCCCGGUGCUGGAGUCUCUGGUGGCGAGGACGAUCCGCAACGUGGAGCUGACCCAGGAGGACGUGCGUCUGCUGGGCCUCAGCGCCACGCUGCCCAACUACGAGGACGUGGCCACCUGCCUGCGCGUCGACCCCGCUAAGGGACUCUUCUACUUCGACAACAGGUACGGGACAUCAACGGGAACGAGUCUCCACCAGGUGCUAGUUUUUGUCCACUCCAGGAAGGAGACGGGUAAAACGGCCCGGGCCGUGAGGGACAUGUGUCUGGAGAAGGACACGCUGGGUCUGUUCCUCAGGGAGGGGUCGGCCUCCACCGAGGUGUUGAGAACUGAGGCGGAGCAGUGCAAGAACCUGGAGCUGAAGGACCUGCUGCCGUACGGCUUUGCGAUCCACCACGCCGGUAUGACCCGGGUGGACCGAACGCUGGUGGAGGAUCUGUUCGCCGAUCGCCACAUCCAGGUUCUGGUGUCCACGGCUACUCUGGCCUGGGGGGUCAACCUGCCGGCUCACACCGUCAUCAUCAAGGGCACGCAGGUGUACAGCCCGGAGAAAGGCCGCUGGACCGAACUCGGAGCGCUGGACAUCCUGCAGAUGCUGGGUCGAGCCGGCCGUCCUCAGUACGACACCAAGGGGGAGGGGAUCCUGAUCACGUCCCACGGAGAGCUGCAGUACUACCUGUCCCUGCUCAACCAGCAGCUGCCCAUCGAGAGCCAGAUGGUGGCCAAGCUGCCCGACAUGCUCAACGCCGAGAUCGUCCUGGGCAACGUGCAGAACGUCAAGGACGCCGUGAACUGGCUCGGCUACACCUACCUGUACGUGCGCAUGCUCCGUAACCCCACCCUGUACGGCGUCUCCCACGACGACCGGGCCUCAGACCCGCUGCUGGAGCGGCGCCGGACGGACCUGGUGCACACGGCCGCCAACGUCCUGGACAAGAACAACCUGGUCAAAUACGACAAGAGGACCGGCAGCUUCCAGGUGUUUACAGCCAACCGCUAUCCUUCAGAUUCUGCUUCUCUUAGAAUACUGAGGCUUCACCUACGUAGUGCUGGCAGAUUGAUGCGGGCGAUAUUUGAGAUCGUCCUGAACCGAGGCUGGGCUCAGCUGACCGACAAGACCAUGAAUCUCUGCAAGAUGAUCGACAAGAGGAUGUGGCAGUCGAUGUCUCCGCUGAGACAGUUCAAGAAGCUUCCGGAAGAAGUCAUCAAGAAGAUCGAGAAGAAGAACUUCCCGUUUGAGCGUCUCUACGACCUCAACCACAACGAGAUCGGUGAGCUGAUCCGAAUGCCCAAAAUGGGGAAGACCAUCCACAAAUACGUCCAUCAGUUCCCCAAACUGGACCUGGCGGUCCACCUGCAGCCAAUCACGCGCUCCACGCUGAAAGUGGAGCUCACCGUCACGCCGGACUUCCAGUGGGACGACAAGAUCCACGGCUCCUCGGAGGCGUUCUGGAUCCUGGUGGAGGACGUGGACAGCGAGGUCAUCCUGCACCACGAGUACUUCCUGCUCAAAGCCAAGUACGCCCAGGACGAGCACCUGGUGACGUUCUUCGUGCCGGUGUUCGAGCCUCUGCCGCCGCAGUACUUCAUCCGCGUGGUCUCCGACCGAUGGCUCUCCUGUGAGACUCAGCUGCCGGUGUCCUUCCGGCACCUGAUCCUCCCGGAGAAGUACCCGCCGCCGACGGAGCUGCUGGACCUGCAGCCGCUGCCCGUCACGGCUCUCAGGAACUCCGCCUUCGAGGCGCUCUACCAGAACAAGUUCCCCUUCUUCAACCCCAUUCAGACUCAAGGUACCCAACGGGAAACGGAACAUACUAACAUUCAGACACAAGCCCGGUUCACAGACCUGGAUGUGCAGCUCCAGAGGAACCGGCCUGACGUUGGGGUGGAAGUUGAACGUGGCGGUGGUGCUGCAGCCGAGCCAGUGGGCCACGUCUUUGGCGUUGGACAACGACGAGCUGAGCGCCACGAUGCGGAUGGGACGCUCGAUCUGAGAGGAGAUGUGCGUCUCGUCCACGAUGAAGAGGCUGACGUUCUGGACGUUCUUCCUCUGUUUCCAGCGGCGAGACAGGAUGUCCCAUUUGUCGGGGGUGCUGACGAUAAUGUCCCCUUUGCCCAGGAGCUUGAGAUCGGUGCUGGUUUCUCCCGUCAGAAGCACCACCUUCUUGUUCAGGAUGUCCUGGAACUUCUGGGCUUCAACGUGAGUCACACUCAGACCCGCCUGCUGUCCAUGGCGAAGCCCGUCUACCACGCCAUCAUGAAGCACUCUCCCUCCAAGCCGGCCGUGGUGUUCGUGCCGUCCCGCAGACAGACGCGCCUCACGGCCAUCGACAUCCUCACCUUCUGCGCCGCGGACGUCGUUCCUCAGAGGUUCUUGCAUUGCACCGAGAAGGACCUCGUUCCAUUCCUGGAGAAGAUCAACGACUCAACUCUGAAGGAGACUCUGGCCAACGGGGUCGGCUACCUGCACGAGGGUCUGUCUGCCACCGAGCGCAGGAUCGUGGAGCAGCUCUUUAACUCGGGAGCUGUCCAGGUGGUGGUUUCCUCUCGGUCGCUCUGCUGGGGCAUCAACAUCUCCGCUCACCUCGUCAUUGUCAUGGACACCCAGUACUACAACGGCAAAAUCCACGCAUACGUGGACUAUCCAAUCUACGACGUCCUGCAGAUGGUGGGCAAAGCCAACCGACCCAUGCUGGAUGACGAGGGCCGCUGCGUCAUCAUGUGUCAGGGCUCCAAGAAGGUGGAGACUCCUCCUUUGUUUACAUCGCUGCCUACUACUACAUCAACUACAGCAGAGUUGUUCAGCAUGUCCCUGAACGCCAAGACCAAGAUCCGGGGCUUAAUCGAGAUCAUCUCCAACGCUGCCGAGUACAAAAACAUUCCCAUCAGGCACCACGAGGACCUACUUCUCCGACAGUUGGCGCAGAAAGUGCCGCACAAACUGAACAACCCGAAGUUCAACGACCCGCACGUGAAGACCAACCUGCUGCUGCAGGCGCACCUGUCCCGCAUGCAGCUGAGCGCCGAGCUGCAGUCGGACACCGAGGACAUCCUCAGCAAGGCGUGUGCGACUGAUCCUUUGGCUGCUGGGUGGAAUGAGCAGAAUAAGGGCCCUUUAAUAGAAACCUGCUCCUGUUUCAGACUGGCCAGCAUGGCGCCGAUGCUGGCGUGCCGCGUGCUGCCUAGCAUUGAGGUAACCAUGGGAUACGAGAAGGACGACAACACCCGCUGGGGCAACUGGCCAAACACAUCCAUGGUGCAGGCGGUGAAGAGCAUGGGCGCUCGCCACCACGUCCGCGAGCCAUACAUAUCCUUUAACUGGUCUCGUUACGCGUGUUAG